AUAUGAUAUUUUCUGAGAUAUGGCAACCCUACAUAAAAUUGUAUAAUUUACUUUUUGUGUUUUCUUUGAUUUUGUUGAAUUAAAAAUAUUAAGAUCAAAGAAAUACAAACGGACAAUGGCUCUGCGCAUCCUGAAGACAUUGAAGCAGGUGAAUAACCCACUGGCAACGACAUUGGGUGGUCUACAAAAGCAAGAGCUGAUUCACACGACGCCGGCAUGCUGCGAAAUCCGGAAAUUGGCCCGAUUACGGGUGGUGGACAACAGUGACUUGGGCAAAAAGGCGAUGGCCGAAGGACGACCACCUAGAUGCAUCCAUGUGUACAACAAACGAGGAGUGGGCCUCAUCGGAGACAAAGUUUUGGUGGCCAUAAAAGGACAGAUGAAGAAGGGCAUCCUCGUGGGACUCAAGCAAAAUCAGAAGCCCAAACAACCCAAGUUUGAUAGUAACAAUUUGGUUCUCAUCGAUGAUAAUGGUAGUCCGUUGGGCACUCGGAUCCAUGUGCCUAUUCCCACGAUAUUGCGCACCAUCCUUAAGGAGAAAACACUGUCCAAAGGUGCUGAUUACACAAAGGUACUAGCCAUCGCCAGUAGAUAUGUUUAAGUCGUUUCAAAUCCUUGGGAACCCGCCUUUCUGUUGCUAAAUGAAUAAACUAUAUCCAACCAAA